CGGAGAUGGUGUUUGACCCAAGCCAUUUCUUUCCCGACCUCAAGUACUCAAGUACUCAAGUGCUCAAGUGCUCAAGUGCUUACCUGCUGCUCCGCCGCGCACUACCCGUCCUCAUCGCAUUCUCAACAAAGCAAACGUCCUAACGUCCAGAGAAGCCAAGCCGUCGAGCACAUCAAGAGACCAAGCUCAAGAGCGCUAGAGCGGAACAGGAAGGCAGAUAACACGGAGGAACGUGUCUCGCGCAUUCCACAAACAGACAAACGGACAGACAACAACAACUGUACCAGCACCAUGGACAUUCCAACACCAGCAUCGGGGGGCAUCCCGACCUACCACGCAUACCUAGAUGGCCUUGUCCACCAAACCCGCACCCUCACCAAGCCCACCGUCCACCACACCGUCCACCGUGCGAGCCGCACAAGCCGCCCCGCAGACCUCGACCUCAGCACUAUCCCCUUCAUGCCAAGCAUGUGCAGCGGUAACAACAUGUGCAGCGGCAGCAGCGACCAUGUAUUCUCACCGCGCUUUGCAGCCUCCCCGCCAAACAUGGGCAACCAACAGAAGCAAAGCAGCAGCAGCAGCGACUACUCGCAGCUGUACGCAGAGCAUUCCCCGUCCCUUUGCCUGCAUGCAACCGAGCCAGCCUCGCCAUUGCUGCCAACAGCACCCGCCUUUUCCACACUCAAGAACACGGCAGCCCUGAACAGCGCCUUUGGCAUCAACACCGAUAGCGCACCGGCUGCACCCCACCUCCGCCUUAAAAGCACAACCGACAGCAUUUUCCACUUUGACGAUGCCUUCCCCACAACGGCGGCACACAACGAUGCCAUCAGUGUCAGCGCCGCCAACCCCUCGCAGAACCAGGGCAACCAUGUCCGCGGUGUUGAUGCAGACUUCCUGCCCGGGUUUGAAGCAGGUGUCAGCGCCAGCGUUGCGGAGCUGCUGAGCCAUACACAUGCAGAUGCAGACCAGGUGCUUGACGCAGCCGUGGAAUCCUUCCUCUCCUCCUUUUCCUCCUCCUCAUUGCCACAACCACAGCGGCAGCCGUCUGUGGCGUCAUCGGCAUCAACAUUGUCUGCUAUGUCCUUGUCGUCCGACGACAGCGACUGUGAGGAGCCCAUCACUCGGCAGCUCAUGCCGCAUGCAAGCUCUUCCUCCACCUCCUCCACCUCCUUAUCGUCCUCAUCACCAGCGCAUCGUCGCAAGAGCAAGCGGGCACAGUACAAUCGCAGCAACAAGGGCAAUAUCAACAGCAGCAGCAGCGUGCGUGCCAAGGGCACAGCAAGCACGAUGAUGCGCGGGCGCAGUGCCAUCAACAAGCGGUGUGUGCUUGAGAACGGCGAGAUCGACCAUGAGAAGCUGGGGCGCACGCGAGAGAUUGCGCGCCGCAGCUACUGGCGCCGUCGCAAGCGCGAAUUGAAGAGCCGGCAAGGCGUGCGCCAGCGCCUGACGCUGCUGAACAAGUCCAAGGAGGUGCUUGUGCAAAAGCGACAGCAGCUGUUGAACGAACGGCAGGCACUGCUGGACCACGUGCGACAGAACCUCCCCACCGUCCUCCCCAUGGAUCCCAACGGCGAAUAUUCGCUGUCCCCGUUCUGAAUUGCCUGUGCUGUGGAGCUGUUCCCUCACCUAAGACACUUGUUGCUGAAUGAAUGACACGAAUGGCUGCUGUUAUUCUUGUGCUGAUGAAGCCUGCGCUUGGGUGCUGUAAUGAUUAACCCCUAUCGUCAUGAUUGUCAUGUCAUCAACUUCUUCUUGAUCUUCUGUUUUCUUCUGCUUUCUGUACUUGUGUGUCUUGGAUGAACGUUGGCAUGUUUAUGUUUUGUAUACGCCCACCCCUCAGGACACUGCUUGUGCCUGUAUCUGUUCUACCAUUCAACUCCCUUCACGUGUCAUCGUCAUGUGGUACACCUGCUGUCGUUGACUGUUUUGUCCAUUCUGUUGGCCGCUCGAUGUGGCGAUUCACGAACAAAGUUUAGAUGUUCAACGCGUUCUUUCCUCGACAAGAAAAGGGGAAAAAAUACAUCACCAUCAUCACGGAA